CAGCCAAAACAUCUUUUAAAAUACAUAUGGCACACCAUAUAACACCCUCAGAAAUCUUCUGUUUUUGAAUUCAUAAGAUUGCCUUAUAAGCAUGAUUGCAUAAGAGUAGAAUUCAUAAGGUUAAUUUAUGAUUAUCAUUGACUUUGUUUAUGUGAAAAAGUCAUAAGAAAACCAUAUAACAUUCAAAAUGGAAAUAGCGAAGACGAAGAGCAAAGGGACAAUGUCCACCAGCAAAUGAAAAAAUAUUGUUUUAUCGAACCCCUGGGAGCCGGAGGUCUGGAUUCGAACUUGCUGACGACGGGGAGCGCAGAGUUUUGGCAUCGUACGUCAUCUGGAGCGUAGCGGAGCACGACAACCGGAAUGUGUUUGAACAACAAGCUGGUGCGGUGGAAGUUGCGACGCUCCGGAAAAGUCACGGUUUGUAACUUGGUCACCGGCCUCGUCAGAGACAUCCACUAGGAACUCCCGGAGAUAGAUCUCGGCAUGAGUUCUACAGAGUGGAUCCGGCGUGGCCGCCAAGAACGAUUGAAGGUAACGUUGAUUUGUGAGGUUUUUGUCUAAUUUGGCUAGAUUCGAUAUUAAUUAACUUUUUCUAAACAGGAAAACGAACAACGAUUUGACCAAAAGCAGGCGGCCAACUCAAGUCCAUAAAGUUCGGGAAAUAUGUCGCCGGCAGUGGAGAUGGUGAUCACGUCGGGUUCUUCGAGGAAACAAUCGAGGAGGAAACCUUGGAGAAGUACGAGGAGUUCCUGUCGGAAAAGGUGGGCACGCUGGACAGCAAAAGACGCGCCGUCGCGGACAGCGACGACGACUUUAACGAAGACUACCUUGAAGAGGCGACAAACGACUUCCAACCCGGUGCAUAUGAUCAUGAUCAAUUUGGAGAAAAGCAGUAUGAUAUCGACGAGCAGCGAGCCAUUUACGAAGGAAACAUACUCGAGAUCACCGUCGUAUGUCUGCAACGCGGCCUCUUUCUGGCGCAGUACUGUUCGCUGUACCUGGCGGUCCGUCAUCAAGAGCGCGACCACGGCAUCACGAUGCAAGAGCUGGGAGAAACGCUCCGGUACGAUCGCGCGGGAGCGAAAGUAUCAGUGCCGCUUCUGCAACCGUCUGUGUGGACGAAACAGCCCUCGAGAAGCACAUCAAUGAUCCAUC